UGUCUCUUUAAAGGCAGCGGCAGGAGGCAGGCCCGCCCCUCGCACCUGGGGACCGGCCGGGCCGGGCUGGGCUGCAGGAAGCAGGAAGUUUGGGCUGAAACUUCGCGCACCAGGAAGUGUCCGGAGAGGCGAGAGCGGAGCCCCCUGGAGCAUGGAGGGCACUGCUGGCAGCGGGAUGGCGACCGACCGAGUGAAGAACCUGCAGAGCGAGGUGGAGGGGGUGAAAAACAUCAUGUCGCAGAACGUGGAGCGGAUCCUGGCGCGGGGCGAGAACCUGGACCACCUGCGGAACAAGACCGAGGACCUGGAGGCGACGUCUGAGCACUUCAAGACGACCUCGCAGAAGGUGGCCCGCAAGUACUGGUGGAAGAACGUCAAGAUGAUCGCCAUCAUCUGCGUCAUUGUGGCCAUCAUCGUCAUCCUCAUCAUACUCUUCGCCACCAACGUCAUCCCCACAUAGGCCACGCCCCGCAGCCUCUUCCUCUUCCCCCACUCCACAGCUUCCCUGCCCCCACUGCCUGAGGGUCGCUGGGCUGGGGGGGGCAACGCCUCCUGUCAGCCCCCUGAGGCUGCCCCUCCCUAUGCCAGGAGGGGGGGGGCACUCGUACCCUGACCCCCAUUGCCCCCGUGAAAGCUCCUUGGGGACUGUAGCCCCCUGAGGGGAACUCCCCUGCUCCCUCUGGCUCUGCCCAGCUCCCUUCCCCCAAAUCCUCUGUCACCCCCAUCGGUGUUCCCAGGCUGGCAGAGCCAAGCCAUGAGGGAGCAGCUCCCAGCCCCUCUCCAUGUGGCUGACGGAGCUAGAUCUGCCACCCAUGGCCGCAGCCCCCCAGCUCGGCUCCAGGGGGCGGGGUUGUGCCCUCUGCCCAGUGUGGCUGGCUCUUGUCCAGCUGAGGGAGGAGGCGCUCCUGGGGCUGGGGUGAUGGGCUUGGAUCUGGGGAAUGCUCCCCCCCCGCACGUGCCCUCUCUGGGGCAGAGCUGGGCAUGGGCAAGGGCUGCUCUGUCCUGAGCCAGACGCAGCCCCGCAAGGAGCAAUCUACCUUUUGCCUUAAUAAAUAACGAGAGAAGGAGAGAUCCCUGCAGGAGGGGGCGGGGGAUUUGUCAGCAACCUCUGUCUGUCCAGGC